AUGAUCGCCACCGGCGGCCUGCUGAGGAUUUCCGCCAGAAAGCAGGAUCCCCUCCGCCCCCCCAGCCAGAUCCCCAAGCGCAAGCGGAAAACCAAGAAGAGGCGCAAGAACGACGUGGUGGUGGUGAAAGGCAAGCUGAAGCUGUGCUCCAUCUCGGGGCUCAUCGCCCUUUGCGGGAUCCUGGUGCUGCUGGUGGGCAUAGCCAUGGCGGUGGUGGGCUACUGGCCCAAGGCCCACGGGGCCAACAGGGAAGGCGGUAAGCAGCCGCCGCCCGCGGGCAGCAGCCACCGCGUCCCGGCCACGGCCCACAGCACUCCCAGUGGCAGCAAGAACCGGUCCGGGAGCCAUCCGGGGACCCCAGGGGGUGGCAACUCCAGUUCCGGGAGCGCCCCCGGGAGCACGCCUCCAGCGCGGCCCGCCGCCCCCUCCUCCUCCUCCUCCUCCUCCACGUCGGUGGGCUUCUUCUUCCGCGUCUUCUCUGGCUACCUGCACUCCGACAAGCUCAAGGUCUUCGGGCCCCUCAUCAUGGGCAUCGGCAUCUUCCUCUUCAUCUGCGCCAACGCGGUGCUCCACGAGAACCGGGACAAGAAGACCAAGAUCAUCAACCUGCGGGACCUCUACUCCACCGUCAUCGACGUGCACAGCCUCACCAGCGGGCUCCCAGACUACCGGGCGCCGCUGUGCCCCGAGCCCCCGUCCUCCCCGGGCAGCGCGCCCCUGGACUCCAGCCUUCCGGCCAAAGCUGCCUCCCCGUCGUCACCGCCUCUGAGGCCGGACGGCUCGCCGCCCGGCAGGCGGCACUCGGGGAGCUCCCAGUCGGAUGACCCGUCCAGCAGCAACAAGGGCUACACCCCCCUGCGGGAGGCUGGCACCUCCUCGGAGUCCGUGGUGGACGCGGCAGCCGGUCAAGGGCGAGACUGCGAGGCCGCCGCGGCCCCGGGCGGGGAGCAGAGCCCCCCGGAGGGGGCCAGCCCGGAGCCGCCCACGCCCACGACUGAGCAGCCGCAGCCCGUGCAGAGGCAGUUUACAAACAAGGAGAAACUCUUCAUGAUUUCCCGGUCUCGUGCCGUGGGGGCAGAGGAAGGAGAACUGGAAAGCAGUGGCAUUUAGGGAAAGAGGGGGCGAGGGCAAAAGAGGAGAGAGAAUGGGAGGAAUGCCCACUCGAAUCAGUGUGUUAGCAGGUCCCUGUUUCCCUUGCGGACCGAUCUGAGGGCAUCAUUCAAUAUCCAAAGAGCUGCAGAAUGUUAUCCUUGAAUUGCGUUCACAAGAUUCCUGUAGAUAACUCCGAGCAAUUUUUUUUUUAAAAAGCAAACUAGUCUUUUUAUGUCCGAUGGUGAUUGUAUGUUCCAUGAAAACCAAAUGUAUUAAAAGGUCAGCAAUCUAGUUCAGUAGAUAAAAUUCUCUUGAUUUUCUUAGGAUCAAAAUAAUAUAUUUUUGACAGUAACGGCACUUUACUCCAACUUUUUUUUAAGUCCCUAAUUUCCCUAACCCCUGUACUCUGCUGCUGGUUUUGUCCAUAGCUGCUUGUGAAUGACAAGCUUUUUAUCUCCCUCCCUUUGCGGAGCAUAGAAGGGUUUGACUCAGUUCUUUUAGAAUUGAUGUUACUAAAUGAAGUCAAGGCCAAAAGCAUGGGUCAUUCAGGAAAGAGCACUUUCCUUGCCCCACCCCACUCCACUCACCCAACUGUCCAAAGGCCUCUUUGGUUUUUAAAAGGGCUUAUGCCUUUUGCUACUAGGAUAUGUGGUGGAGACUGGAGUGGGCCAGGAGGUAGAUGGACUGUUAAACGCGGAAGUUCACAAUAUCAAGUACGCCAUGCUUUAUUGAGUAUUAUCACACUUGUAUUGAAAUAGCAUUCAUAUUUAAAGUCUUUUUUAAAUAAAAAGUUUCCAAACCAACAGUUAAA